UCUGGCCCCGCCCCGCGCCGGUGCGGAGCGGGGUAGAGGCGGGGUAGGGGGCCGGGGUUGUUACGCUGGCUGAGUGAUCCCGGGCUGUGCCGCCAUGUCGGCGCCGGGCCGGGCUGGGGAGGCGGACCGGACCCUGUUCGUGGGGAACCUGGAGGGCCGCGUGCGGGAGGAGAUUCUCUACGAGCUCUUCCUGCAGGCUGGACCAUUAACCAAAGUGACCAUUUGUAAGGACAAAGAAGGAAAACCAAAAUCAUUUGGAUUUGUCUGCUUUAAGCAUACAGAAUCAGUGCCUUAUGCUAUAGCUUUGCUGAAUGGAAUCCGUUUAUAUGGAAGACCAAUUAAAGUACAGUAUCGAUUUGGGAGUUCCUACUCACCAGAGGUAAACAGCCCUAUCCAAGGCUUUGAGAACUGUGUUGACAUACAUUCACCAACAUAUAGAAAUCAAGAGUCUUAUGGCAGUUCUCCAUUUCCUGUUACUCCUUUUCCAAUGAGCAAUAAUUUACCUCAGGAUUAUUCAGUCUUUCAGAAGAUGAUGAGCCAUUUUUUAGCACAACAGUAUGCUGCGUGCAAUCCAAUGGGGUAUCAACAUCCUUACUAUCAGAUGACACCUCCACCAUCCUCAGAGUUGCCCGUUUCACCAUAUCUGACUCCUGCUGAGGACUUCAAAGCUGGGCAGAGCUCUUUUGAGUGGGUCCCUCCACAAUCAAGUGACUGUGAACUGUACCAAGUUAAUGAAAGCCCACGCAAGAGAAAAAGAGAGCAGCAAACUAGUGAUAGUGACAGCAGCAUUGAAAAUGACAGAAAAAACCAAAGAGAACAUGACCAAAAAUACAAAAAGUGUAAAGCCAAGAAAAAAAGGCGUUAAUAUGAUGUAACUGGAUUAAUAAUUUUUUAUGGCACUUGAGUUUGUUUUUUUAUUUAAGAGGGAAAGUCUGUCUCUCUCAUCUUUGCACUUUACAAAACACAGAUUUACAAAAUUCACAACCUGUUGUUUUCUGGAAGGUAUUAUUAUACAUAAGGUACCUUACGUUGUAGCUAAUCAUGGCUUAUUUAAAGGAAUAAAUCCUUUAAAAAAGAUAUAAGACAUAUUUUAGAAGGUAAGGUUUUCUUAAUAAAGGACAACACAGGGUUUGUUUUUUUUCCUGCUGUUUUCUCUUACCAGUAAUGAAUAUUGUUUCAGUAAUAUAGGAAUCUUUCAGCAACCACAAGUGCAGCAUUUAACUGUAUUACUUUUGGAUGAAGGUAAGGUCUCAGUCCAGAGGUCUUCAAAUGAUUGUCAAAACUGGGUAGAAUUAAAGAUUUGGGAUUUCAUAACCAGUUUUAUUUUGGAAUAAGGGAUAAACAACAAUAAAGAGGAAUUUUCAAAUGUGA